UCGCGAGAUGUGAGAAAGUCUCGGAAUGGCGGCUGUACAGAAACUGCGGAGGUGUGCUGUGUCUCAGACGGGGAAACACUCCGCUUCAGUCAUUUUCCUUCAUGGCUCAGGAGACACAGGGCAGGGACUACGGGCUUGGGUUCGUGACGUGAUGACACAGGACAUGGCUUUUGAACACAUAAGAGUGAUCUACCCCACAGCUCCAUCAAGGCCAUACACACCCAUGCAUGGGGCACUGUCUCACGUGUGGUUUGAUCGUCACAAAAUCUCUCGUGACUGCCCGGAGCACUUGGAAUCUAUUGAAGAAAUGUGCAGUAAUUUAGGGGCCGUAGUCCAAGAUGAGAUUCGAGCUGGUGUACCAAAGCACAGGAUGGUUAUCGGUGGCUUCUCGAUGGGUGGAGCCAUGGCAUUACAUCUGGCGUGCAGGUAUCACCAGGACAUUGCUGGAGUCUUCGCACUGUCCAGCUUCCUUAACAAGGACUCUCUUGUAUAUCAGGCUGUUGAAGAUGCAAAGCAGCAGCAGCAUCCCUUACUAGAUCUGCUCCAGUGUCACGGGACAGCUGAUGAGCUGGUGUCCCACUCCUGGGGAGAGGAGACCAGCUCUCUGUUGAAGAAGGCUGGCAUGACUACAUCUUUCCAUUCUUUUCCUGGACUCAACCACCAGCUCUGUCGGGCAGAACUGGAGCUCCUGCGCUCCUGGAUCCUGAAAAAGCUUCCAUUGGAAAGCUCUUCUUCUAGUGAUGGACUCUGAGUAUUCACAACCUUUCCUGAGAUGUUGAUUUAUAGUAAAUUCUGUUAAUAAAAUCAAUCCAGAUACUAUCCGGACACAAAACACUCAUUAAUGCCAUGCUCUACACCUGGCAUGCAGGUAUCACCAGGACAUGGCUGGAUGAUGGGCACUUAAUAAUAAUUACCGGUACAACCUUUACGGGCCUGUUGAUUGUACAGUAUAAUAAAUUGUAUUUACUCUUUAA